UGUGCGUGUGCCGUCAGUUGCUGUGGUGUUCGGCAGACUGUUACCGGGGCAACGCGGAGGCGGGAGACGCGGAGCCAGAGUGGCACCGUGGCCGGGCUGGCGCGAGAGGCCUCGGGAUGCAGCUGCGGCACGUGCGGACGCUGCUCACCCCCCAGGAUGGUGCUGCAAAGGUCACCUGCAUGGCUUGGUCCUACAACAAUGCCAAGUUUGCUGUCUGCACUGUAGACAGGGUCGUGCUUCUGUAUGAUGAACAUGGAGAGAGACGGGACAAAUUUUCCACCAAGCCUGCUGAUGCAAAGUAUGGCAGGAAGAGCUACAUGGUGAAAGGCAUGGCGUUCUCUCCUGACUCCACCAAAAUCGCCAUUGGACAAACAGACAACAUCAUUUACGUCUACAAGAUCGGAGAGGAAUGGGGUGAUAAGAAGGUGAUCUGCAACAAGUUCAUUCAGACGAGCGCAGUGACCUGUUUGCUGUGGCCAGCAGAGAACAUCAUUGUCUUUGGACUCGCCGAGGGGAAGGUUCGUUUAGCAAAUACAAAGACCAACAAGUCCUCCACCAUUUACGGGACAGAUUCUUUUGUGGUCUCAUUAACCUCCAAUGUCUCUGGGAAGGGGAUCCUGUCUGGCCAUGCAGAUGGAACCAUUGUGCGCUACUUCUUUGAUGACGAAGGCUCAGGUGAAUCACAGGGUAAAUUGGUGACGCACCCCUGCCCUCCAUAUGCCCUCACCUGGGCUUCCAGCAGUGUCGUGGCUGCAGGCUGCGAUAAGAAGAUUAUAGCUUAUGGAAAGGAAGGCCACAUAAUUCAAACCUUUGAUUAUAGCCGGGACCCCUUGGAGAAGGAGUUCACCACAGCAGUCACUAGCCCCGGGGGCCAGUCAGUCGUCAUUGGCAGCUACGACAGGCUGAGGGUGUUGAACUGGAGCCCCCGCAGGAGUGCCUGGGAGGAAGCCAAACCCAAAGAAAUCGCACACCUUUACACGAUCACAGCCUUAGCAUGGAAGAGGGAUGGCUCGAGGCUCUGUGCGGGCACCCUUUGUGGAGGGGUGGAGCAGUUUGAUUGCUGCCUGCGCAGGAGCAUUUACAAGAAUAAAUUUGAAAUGACAUAUGUGGGGCCGAGCCAGGUCAUUGUGAAGAACCUCUCCACAGGAACCCGAGUGGUGCUGAAAUCCCACUAUGGCUAUGAGAUUGAUGAGGUGAAGAUUUUGGGGAAGGAGAGGUACCUUGUGGCCCAUACCUCAGAUACACUGCUGCUGGGGGAUCUCAACUCCAACAAGCUCAGUGAGGUGGCCUGGCAAGGAUCCGGAGGGAACGAGAAGUUUUUCUUUGACAAUGAGAACGUCUGCAUGAUCUUCAAUGCCGGAGAGCUGACUUUGGUGGAAUAUGGAAGCAAUGAAAUUCUGGGAUCUGUCCGCACAGAGUUUAUGAACCCUCAUCUCAUCAGACACGUGGAUCUUGUUGGUGGCUACAACAUUGGCACCAUCAGCCAUGACAGCAAGAUUGACUGGCUGGAGCUGAAUGAGACGGGCCACAAGCUUCUCUUCAGGGACAAGAAGAUGAGGUUGCAGCUUUAUGACAUUGAGAGCAGCACCAAGACCACGAUCCUGAACUAUUGCUCCUAUGUGCAGUGGGUCCCAGGCAGUGAUGUGGUGGUGGCUCAGAACAGAAACAGCCUCUGCAUUUGGUACAACAACGAUGCCCCAGAGCGAGUUACCAUGUUCCCACUGAAGGGCGAUAUCGUGAACCUGGAGCGGAGCAAUGGGAAGACUGAGGUGAUAGUGGCAGAAGGGGUGAACACGGUGUCCUACAUGCUGGACGAGGGGCUCAUUGAGUUUGGAACAGCCAUUGAUGAUGGGGACUAUAGCAGGGCGGCUGCGUUCUUGGAGACGCUGGAAAUGUCCACGGAGACCGAAGCCAUGUGGAAGACCCUAAGCAGACUGGCCCUGGAGGCCAAGCAGCUGCACAUCGCUGAGAGAUGCUUCUCAGCGCUGGGCCACGUGUCAAAGGCGCGAUUCCUCCAUGAAACCAAUGAGAUCGCCGACCAGGUGGCCAAGGAAUAUGGUGGGGACGGCACAGAUUAUUACCAGGUGCGUGCCCGGCUAGCCAUGCUGGAGAAGAAUUACAAGCUGGCAGAGAUGAUCUUCCUGGAGCAGGCUGGAGACCUGUUUGAGACGAUCAGGAACCCCCAGAAGGCUCUGGAGUGUUACCGCAAGGGCUGCGCCUUCCUGAAAGCGGUGGAGCUGGCUCGCGUGGCAUUCCCGGCCGAGGUGCUGAAGCUGGAAGAGGCCUGGGGAGAUCACCUGGUGCAGCAGAAGCAGCUGGAUGCUGCCAUUAACCAUUACAUUGAAGCCAGGUGCUCCGUCAAGGCCAUUGAGGCAGCCCUGGGGGCCCGGCAGUGGAAGAAGGCCAUUUACAUCCUGGAUUCACAAGAGGAAAGGGUAGCAGUCAAGUACUACCCCAGGAUCGCCCAGCACUACGCAGCCUUGCAGGAGUACCAGAUUGCAGAGGAGCUGUACAUCAAAGGAGAUCGGCCCAAGGAUGCGAUUGACAUGUACACGCAGGCGGGGCUCUGGGAGCAGGCACACAAGCUGGCGACCAAGUGCAUGAGGCAGGAAGAUGUGUCCGUGCUCUACAUCACCCAGGCUCAAGAGAUGGAGAAGCAGGGCAAAUACAAAGAAGCAGAGCGGCUGUACAUCACGGUGGAGGAACCUGAUCUGGCUAUCACCAUGUAUAAAAAGUGUAAGAUGUAUGAUGAGAUGAUUCGCCUGGUAGCAAAGUACCACAAGGACUUGCUGAGUGACACACACCUGCAUCUGGGGAAGGAGCUGGCGACUGAGGGCCGCUGGCAGGAGGCUGAGUACCACUACCUGGAAGCCAAGGACUGGAAGGUCACAGUGAACAUGUACAGAGUGAAUGACAUGUGGGAGGAAGCGUACAGGGUAGCCAAGGCCCACGGGGGGGCGAAUUCCUACAAGCAUGUGGCCUAUCUGUGGGCAAAGAGCCUCGGAGGGGAAGCUGCCGUGAAACUCCUCAAUAAGUUUGGGCUUCUGGAAAUGGCUAUCGACCAUGCAGCAGAUAAUGGCGUCUUUGACUUUGCGUUCGAACUGGCCCGGCUCUCGCUGAAGCAGAAGACACCUGAGAUCCACUUGAAGUACGCCAUGUUCCUGGAGGAUGAGGGCAAGUUCGAAGAGGCCGAGGCUGAGUUCAUUAAAGCUGGGAAGCCCAAGGAAGCGGUGCUAAUGUUUGUCCACAACCAGAACUGGGACGCUGCCCAGCGCGUGGCUGAGGCCCACGACCCGGACAGCGUGGCCGACGUGCUCGUGGGACAGGCUCGCUUCGCCUUUGAGCAGAAGGAAUUCCAGAAAGCAGAGGCCUUCCUCCUGCGGGCCCAGCGGCCAGAGCUGGCCGUGAAAUAUUACAAGGAGGCCGGCAUGUGGAGCGACGCCCUGCGGACCUGUAAGGAGUACGUCCCCAGCCGGCUGGAGGUGCUGCAGGAGGAGUACGACAAGGAGACUGCCAAGAAAGGGACCAGAGGCGUGGAGGGCAUGCUGGAGCAGGCCCGGCAGUGGGAGCAGGCUGGGGAAUACGCCAGGGCUGUGGACUGCUACCUGAAGGUACAGGAUCCCAGUAACAGCCUGCUGGUGGAGAAGUGCUGGCUGAAGGCAGCUGAGCUGGCCAUUAAAUUCUUGGGCCAGCCCCGGAGUGUGGAGGUGACGCGGCUGGUGGGACCCCAGCUGGUGGCCGUGAAGAAGUACAGCGCGGCAGCUGAGCUCUACCUCAACCUGGACCUCAUCCGAGAAGCCAUUGAUGCCUUCAUUGAGGGUGAGGAAUGGAACAAGGCAAAACGUGUGGCCAAGGAGCUCGACCCCAGGUCGGAGGAGUACGUGGACCAGCGCUAUAAGGAGUAUUUAAAGCAUCAGGGCAAAGUGGAUUCGCUAGUGGGGGUGGAUGUCAUGGCUGCCCUGGACAUGUAUGCGGAGCGGGAGCAGUGGGAGAAGUGCCUGGAGACCGCGGCCAAGCAGGCCCAGGGCCCGGUCUCAGACGGGGGCUUCGGUGUCAGCAGUGGGAGGAGCCCACUAUGGGACACCCGCGAGUGCUCCAGGCACCUGCUCCCAGCCACACCCCUGCCCCGCUCGCUCCAGGUCCAGGAGAGCAGUCGCCCCUCCAGCCCCUGCCCUGCCCCUGCCAAGCUGCUGUGCAACACGUAA